CUUCACAACUGUCCAGUUCCUCCUCAGCCCGUGUUCUUUGGUCCUGCACUGCACCAUGGGUAAUUGCUGUAAUUUCACACACCUGUUGGCCUAGCAUAAUGAAGCUGCUAGCACAGUUAGCUCUGUUCUCUAUCCAGUGCAUUCCAGCCUGACUGAGUUGCCUUCUGACGGUCUGGAAGUCUCUGGGUUUUGCUGUAAAUACCUGUAGCUGCCAAUGUGACAAUAUUGAAGAUAUUUUGUCAUGUGGAACCAAGCUUGCAGUCAGCCCUCGGAUGGGAUGCCCAGCCACAAAGCAACUGUAAUGGAUUCCUCCCUGAUGUUGCCACAGAGGUCAACUCUUCUGAUUUUGCCGUGCACAGUGUCUCAGCUGCUGUCUGCCUCUCGAGGCAGCGACAGAACCUUUACAAUCUGCAACUGGGAACUCAACCAGGUCUCUGUGGUGGGCAUCAUCCGAGGAUCGGCUCCCUUUGUGACCAACAUCCAGUACUCUGUGGAUGACAUGACUGGCCCACCUUUAAAUGUGAAGCAGUGGGUUAACACGGAGGACUGUGCUUCUCCUGGAACAUAUGUGAAGGUGACUGGAAGCCUACGCAGUUUGGAUGGUCAAAGGUCAUUGCUGGCAAUGGACAUUCGUUGUAUCAAGGACCUCAAUGAGAUCACGUCCCACAUGUUGGAAGUGGUACAAGCACAUAUGCAGCUUUUUGGAAAGGCAUUUGAUGUGAAUAUGAAUACCAUUGUCAUCGGCCAUGGUGGCGGUGAACAUCCUAAAGGCGUCUUGCCAAAUGGUUUGUCCACCAUCCAGGCUCAGGUGAUGCAUGUGAUCCAGAGUUUCUCUGUCAGCGAUAUUGGCAUCGGGUUCAAUGAACUGCAGUCCCAGCUCAACCACCUCAGCGUGGGAGACCUCAGAGCGUCCCUGACAUUUCUGAUAAAUGAAGGCCAUGCCUUCUUUACCAUUGAUGAGCAUCAUUUCAAGUCAACAGAACAUUAGCGGGCUAGCUGGAGGCAUCACAGUCCUGGAUCUGAUCAGGAUGUACCCACAUUUUUGGAGUGACAUACAUAUUUUUUUGGUUAAAUUUAGUAAGUUUAUAACUAGUGCUGUAGCUGAUGGCUUUGUUUGUCUUGGUCUAAAUAUGUUAUACCCUGUGGGAUUACACAAACGGGGUUUAUAGUGCAUAGAAUUACUGCCCUGAUGUAUUGCUCUGACUUCUUUAUGCUGACCAUAUAUAUUUUUUUUCUAAGUUGUGUAUGUGUGCUGAAUUUGUCUGUACCCUGCAAAUGUUAUGUUUGCUGUAUAUAAAGGGACUGUGACUCAUCAGAAUCAA